AUGCCCAAAGCUGUGCAGUUUUCUGUGCUGAAGCAGGGAUCCCUAGACGCAGGCAGCUGGACGGAGCGUGUCCUGACGAUUGACACAAAGAGCGACACGGUGACCAUCAGCCGCAAGCACCACCCGGAGCACGUCUUUUACCACUCCCUGGAGGUGGCGCAUGCUCAGAUGUGGCCGCGGUACAAGGCAAGCGAGAUAAGUGGCCGUUUCAACUCCCUCAAAGCGAAGAUGACGUUGCGCAUCUUCGGCAAGCAGGUGCCCGUGCCGAAGAUAUCCGUGGAGGCGGUCACCACCGCGGAGGUGGCGGAGAUGAUUCGUGUGCCAAGCUUCCCCUCCAGCAUCUCUCUGGAUGCGUCGCUGAACAUUGAGCGUCCGCCAGUGGCAGCGGCGAUGCCUUCCCAUAAGCUCAAAGAGCGUCAUGCUGCAACGGCGACAAGCUCAAACGACGACCUGUGCGACAGCUGGAUGAUCCGCUUCACCUCGAUCAACUCGUACGAGCUGACAGUGAUGCUUCUCCGAAACAUGCAGAACAAGGAGGGCAAGCGCAAGCGCUUGUUCGGCGACCACGUUCUCCAGGACCUCGAGCGCGUGAAGAAGGCAUGGGAUGAGGAGACCAAAGACGCAAAGUCUAUCGGCGACGCUCUCAGGUCCGGAAGCUAA